GUUCGUGCCUCAGCUACGGCCAUUCCUGUUGGGGAGCGCAUGGCAAGAGAAGUGGCAACGUCGCGGCGGAUGAGGCCCCAGUCGACGUUUCCGAGGCCGUGGCGGCGAUCGCGGCGCCAGAGGACACCCGGUGGUUCCUGUCCAAACUGGUGCGACAGGCGGAACCCGUCAGCGGCAGCAAAGUGUGGAAGAGGCUGAGGGGCGUCAGGGUACCCUCUGCAGCAGAUCGACGACGCAACGAGGUACAGUGGAGGAACGGCGCCUCCGAAGAGGAGGACGAGGCUGAGGCUACGGGCGGAAACGACGCCGUGGCCAGGUCUAGAACCAUUCAUCUCGAAGGCUCUGAAGAGACGCCUGCAGGCAUCUUGGUGCCUGCAGGCGGGGAGUACCCUGCGGGGGAGAACCAAGACGCCGAGGUGCUCCUCAUGGCGGACGACCAGGCAAUCAGGAGGACGCCUCAGAAACUUCGAGUCUAUAAACUUAUGAAUCAUCAAGGAGGAAAGCUGGACUAACAAACCUGAGAAAUUACAAACAGAAAACUAUAAUUUCAUUUCCUCAAUGGCCCCUUUUGACUCUGGAAUACUGCAGAAGUAAUUAAACGUUCAUCUUUAUAUAGACUCAGAAUUAAUUGAUAUUAAAACUCCCGUCUCGAACGGAGUCUUUCCUGACAUCUGCAGUCUUACUACUAAGUUACCCAAACAGUGGCUUCCUUCCUCCACUCCACAAGUUGUUUCAGAAUAAAGAUUCGUGUGACACGUCCACUGAAGCAUGUGCGCUGUGUUUUCUGAAUUAGAUCACAAUUAAAAUUAAUAAUGUCUUUAUAAUAAAAACAGCUGUGAACUAAUUCA